UUCAUCUUUGGUGUUUUGAGUCUAAGCACUAUAAACCUUUACUUGCUUCACUGCUGAGCUGAGCUGAGCUGACAACUUUCUGACUUCAGCUUGAGAGAAGUCAUUCAAAGCACAUGUAAAAUAAGAUAAUUACAUCAACAUCAGUUCAUCAAAACCCAAAGUGUGGCAUGUUUGGACAACAUUUUAUUUGUGUCUCUAAAAUUUUAUACUUUUUCUGGUGACCUGAAUGGAUGCAAAGUAAUAAUGAUAAUAAAUGCCUGAAUUUCAUUUGAAUAACUCUUCAUUCAUUAAUGUUUUGAAGAUAAUUGUUUUUUCUACAUUCACUCACAACAUUAUUUUAGAUUUGUGUUCUUAGUGCAUGACCUGGUGAACCAGUAUGAAUAUAUAUUUAUUAAUAGACUUUAGAGCACUUCUGUUAUAAAUGUAUAUGUAAUUGUAAAAAAUGUUUUCCAUGCAUUUUGUUAUUAACAACACUAUUUUCACCUUUCAAGAGCUAUAAGAUGCCACACCCUUGACAAAUGUAACAAAAAGAGGGGCGGGGUCUCUAACCCCAUUACAGAUUGCUAAUAAGCCGCACUUAUUUAAAGGACAGGCAAAAACGAAGGGCAGCUGGGGGGUCUUGUUAAUAAUUGCCCGUUGCUCAGCUUGUAGCUGUGUGGGACCAGGAGUCCCAGUGUAUUUUCCACUGUAUGAGUGUUUUAUUCUGUUUUUAGAAUGUGAGAGUUUGAAGCUCAGGAUCAUCAUGGAUUUGUUUGGUUUUGCUUUGUUAAGAAUGUGGGUGCUUGAUGUUCGGGAUCACCGUGCGUUUGGUUGGUUUCCUCUUGUUAAGUCUUCCUGGACUUUUUCCUUUUUGCUUCGCAUUUUAUUCGGUGAGAGAUGCAGCUCCACUUCCGGUUCCCCAAGGAGGACGUCGUCUCACUUCUGCUCCACGGACGAUGUCACCAUCCCAAUGUUGCCCCCUUUUUUUUGGCGCCCUGCGGCAUCGUCCGCACCUGUCCUGGUGGGGGACCUCGCUCCACUUCCGGUUACCCGAGGAGGACGUCGCCUCACUUCUGUUCUGCAGGAGGAGUUGCAGGCCCGUGGCAGUGGAUCUAUCCCGCUUUCCCUCCCUCCUACUCUGGUCUUCGAGAUAUGGUCUGGCCACGAUGUGUCGGGGGUUGUGCUUGGUCCUUCAGCUCGGCUGUGGAUGUCGCUCGGCCCUUCAGCUCGGCUGUGGACAUCGCUCGGCCCUUCAGCUCGGCUGUGGGCGAUGCUCGGCACUUCUACUUGGCUGUGGAUGUUGCUCGGCUGCCGUGUGCCUUGCUUCCCACAGCUGCCUCACCUGAAGAACACAGCAGUGGAGUACAGUGUUAGUACUAUUGUGAUCCCAAGGACCGGCACCUAG